AAAGGAGGAGCUGUAACUAUAUCUAAUGAAGAGGAAGAGCUGUCACUAUAUCUAAUGAAGAGGAAGACGGACAGAAGCAGAAAUGUCUGAUCAGUGUGAUCUGUGUCUGCUGGGACUGAUCAUUCUCUCUUCACUUCUCACAGGAACCAGUGGAGAUGAUCAUGUGUUCAUCAGUUCUGGUGUAGAUGUCUCUCUGUCCUGUAAUAAACAUCUUUCUGACUGCAAAUCAACAUCAUGGACCUACAAGAACAGAUUCGGAGAUUCAUGGGUUAAACUGAUUACUGGAGGGAUAAAGAAUAAAGACACAGAGAGACAUGAGAGACUGAGUCUGGAGUCUGACUGCUCUCUGAACAUCAAGAACGUCACAGAAGAAGAUUAUGGAUUAUACACCUGCAGACAAUAUGUGAACGGACAGAAACAAGGAACUGAUGCUGAUGUUUAUCUGCAUGUUCUUCAUGUUUCAGUGUCUCCAUCUUCAUCAUCAUCAUCUUCAUCAUCAUCAUCUUCAUCCUCACAGACUGAGAUCAGUCCAGGCCGCUCUGUGACUCUCUCCUGUCAGUUGUAUUCUGUAUUCUCCUGUGAUGAUCGGGUUCAUUCUGGGGGAGUUGAGCUGUUGUGGGUGAAUCAGGCUGGUGUUGAUCUGAAGACAGACUCCAGAUAUCAGAUAUCAUCAUCAUCAUCAUCAUCUCCACGUCGCUGUAUCAUCACUCUGACUACAACACUCCUGGAUGAAGAUGACAACAGAGAGUGGAGAUGUCAGCUUACUCGGGGAAAUCAAGUCCAGACGUCAGUCAGAUACACUGUCAAGUAUUCAGCUCAAGCUGAUUCAACGACAGCAGUGAAUCCAGUCCACAUCACACACUCUCAGGAUCCCUCAACUAUAAACACACACGUUUCUAAAGUCAUAGGGAUUUCUGUCGCUGCAGUCGCUGUUCUCCUUCUUGCUCUUCUCUGGCUGAUCUGCAGAAAAACAGCUGAUAAUAAAGUGGGGACUGGCGACUCUGCGGUCAAAGAUGAGGAUGAACAUAAAGGGACGUAUGAGACGAUCAACAUGUCCAUUCCUCCUGAUCUAAGAGCCGAUGAGCAGACAGAUGAUGUGACUUAUUCUGAGGUCUCUUCUUUCAACACAAAGCCAGUAAAAUCACUGGAUGAUCAUGAUACCGUGACUUACGCUGCCAUCAGAGGAAGAGAAGAUAAACCGCAGGAUCAACUUUACGCCUCUGUGAACAAGAACAAGACCUUCACAAAUACACAUUAAUGACACAGAUCAUGCCCACUGAGCAAAAUGAUGUCCAAAAGACGUCUUUUCAACGUCUUUGUCACAAAUGGUCGGACGUUGAAAAGACGUCCACUGAGGGGCCGGAAUGAAAGUUUUUAUAACGUCUUUUUUUGACGUGUUCUGGACGUCUUAAAAAGAUGUUAAUGGAUGCUUCGUACAAGGUUACAAACUAGUUCAAAUGUGGCCAU